UGCCCCCGCCGCCGCCCUCCUUCCGCCUCCCUUCACCCCUCUCCCCUACACGUCCCGCGCCCCUCCCCUUCCCUCUCCAAUCGCCGCCUCCCCCUUCCCCUCCCGUCGCGAUGGCUUGAUUGAUAUAAUUCUCUCAUACGCUUGUCAGAAUUUGGAGUAGAGACUUUGCCCUUUCCCGCAAAUAGGACUGAGGUAGCAUUGACUGCGUUGGAUGGCAGAAUGAUUUGCAUAUGAUUAUCUAAACUGCAUGCUCUGCAUGCUAGAAAGUUAUUGAGGACCCCUCAACUGCUGCCGUUACCUCAACCACAAGCUUGGGGCCUGAUCAGCAUCAGUCAGCAAUGGUCUCCAAGCUAAUGAGGAACCCCAGCACCCUUCUCCAGAAACUCCUCUUAUCCUCUCCAAACCCAAUUUUCCUCCUCUGGCACCAUCCUCCACCUCCUUACUCCUAUACUCGAAUACAAACUUAUGUAGAGGUGUACAUGAAAUGGAAGAAAGACCCAUACUUUGAUUCCAUUGAUUCCAUUCACAAGUCCCUUGAACUCAAGACCAUCAUCUCUCUGAAAAACUUCUUUGUAUCAUCUUCCUCCGCUCCAGAAGACAAUUAUUGUAUACCUAUCUCAUCUGUCUCCAAGAAAGGUUCAGACUUUGGCAUAAGCAUCAAAGUUGCAAGGUUCUUGAGGAACUAUCCUUCUUUCUUUGAGGAGUUCGAGGGCCCCCUUUACAGUUUACCUUGGUUUAGACUGACUCAGAAAGCAAUUGAGCUUGAUAAGGAGGAAAGGAUGGUUUAUGAAGUAUUUAAAGGUGAUAUCGUUGGGAGAUUAAAGAAGCUUAUAUUGAUGAGUGGGACUAGAAAGAUGCUUCCUUUAAAAGUAAUUAAGGGCUUGCGGUGGUAUCUAGGUUUGCCUGAUGAGUUUUUCACGGACCCUUUGAAUUAUAUUGGAGACGGGUCUUUUCAAAUUGUGAAUAUAGAAGAUGGAUUGAAGGGGUUGGCAAUUUCUGUGGAAUAUGAUGAUAGAAAAGGUGGUAAAAUUUUGUCUAUGAUGCAAAAGAAUGCAAUGAGUAGAGGAGUAUAUGGUGGGGGUGCAGAUGAGGCAAUUGCAUUUCCUCUGUUUCCCUCUAAAGGAUUGAGGUUGAAGCAGAAGAUAAAAGAUUGGUUGGAUGAAUUUCAAAGGCUUCCUUACAUCUCUCCAUACGAUGAUUUUUCAUGUUUGAAUCCCGACAGUGAUAUAUCAGAGAAACGGGUAGUGGGUUUGCUUCAUGAAUUAUUGUGUCUGUUUGUUGAACAUGCUGCUGAAAGAAAGUUCCUUUUUUCUUUGAGAAAAUACUUGGGGUUGCCACAGAAGGUUCACAAGGCGUUUGAGAGGCAUCCUCAUAUGUUUUAUUUGUCGUUGAAGAAUAAAACCUGCACCGCUAUUCUGAAAGAAGCUCACUGUGAUGAGCUGGCUAUAGACCCGCAUCCACUGGCAAAGGUGAGGAAAGAAUAUAUUGCUUUGAUGAAGGAAUCGGUUGUUAUGCUAAGGAAUAAAAGGAUGAACAGUUGUAGGGCUCUUCAUGGAGAAAACAUUUGCUCAGAAGAUUUGCAUUCUGCAGAUGAUGAAAGGUCUCAGCUUGCAGAAGCUGAUUCUGCUAUCAGGAGCAACAUUAUUGGCUAGGGCUGGAAAACUGUGUUAGUCAAUUUUGCAGCAACUGCUAGCAUGAAGAGUAAUUCUUUGGGAUCGGAUGGUAUUGAUGAGAAUACACUAAUGGAUGGACAAUCAAAUCGUUGAAUCUGACCUUAUGUUUUAACCCCUGUAUAAAAUAGCUCUGUAAAAAAUGAUACUGGACAUCAUAAGAACUAAGAAUAGCAUAUUCACCUGAAAGGAUCAUAGUUCUUGAGAGUAUGGUAAGCUUGGAAGAGCUUGCUCACUGCCAGCGAACCGUCAAACAUGUCAUUUAUGGAAUUUCUGGGAUGGGCCCUGGAGGUGAGUUUGUACAGCAGCUAACAUUCUUAGGAGUCAGGACUACUGCUCUAGUUCUCUGGAUAGGAACGUCUUACCAGGACUGAAAGGGAACAUGUAUGCUCUUCUGCUGUACCAUCGUGGAUUUGACGGUCAUAAGUUGAGCCCUUAAGCUGUACCAGGGUUCUAAGAAAUCUUCAAGAUUUGAGCAGCAACUGAAACGGGGACUUGGAGGAUUCAUCUCAACCUCAUUUUGUUGGAAGAAUGUUCCACUGGUAGUAUAGUUAUGAAAUUUAUAUUCAUUUAAUACGAACUCAUUUGAAAAUUUUCAUCAACAUUUUCACUGAUGAAGAAGAAGAAAUGGAGUUUCAAAAUACUUUACUUGUCAAAGAAGAAAAAAAAUACGUCUUUAUCAAGGAUGAUUUAGUCUAAUGGUUAACGUUAAGAGUUCAUUAGG